AUGGUCAGAGGCGGGGCCAGAAAGGUUGGCAAGGGCCAGGCCCUGCAGGGGCUCCUAAGGUGUGGUGAGGAGUGUAGGACUUCCCGCAAAUGUGACAGGGCCAUGGGAGGCCUCCAGCAGGGAGUGAAUGAGUCUGACUUACCUUCUACAAGGACAGGGACCCUAAAGGAAGCAGGCCCUUGGUGGUGGCUACUGGUCAGUGCACUCAUGGCUGAGGCUCAUUGUCUAGCCCUGGUUGACCAAGAAGAUUCUGCUCACUCCAACCCCCAGGACAGCACUCGCAGGCCUGCCCUGCAGUGCCACAGAAUUUCUGUGAACAACAUAGACUUUGCCUUCGGUCUCUACAGACAGCUGGCUUUGGACACCCGGGAAGAGAACGUUCUCUUCUCCCGGGCGAGCAUCUCCUUGGCCAUGGCCAUGCUUUCCCUGGGGGCCCAGUGGCCAGCAGGACCCAAACCCUGGACCCUGGGGUUCAACCUCACCUCAGUGCUCGAGGCAGAGAUCCAGGAGGGCUUCCAGGACCUUCUGCUCAGGCUCCCCGUGCAGGGCCCCUGGCUCCUCCUGACCACUGGCCAGCGCAGACUCAGAGGCCUGCCCAGGGGCAUCCAGAGCCUGGUGGAUGCCCCCAAACACAUCAAUGGAUACAUAGAGAACCAAACGCAAGGGAAGUUUGGGGCCUGGGUGGAGGACCUCAGCAAUGAAUCCACAGCAGUUCUGGUGGACCACAUGUUCCUCAGAGCUAAGAGGCCAGGUCGUACUGACCCCGCAGUGGCUCAGAAGCUGCUGCUGCCACCAGCGUCCAGCCCACUCCCAGUUCUCGCCCAGACCUUGACCUCCCCCACCCCAGGCACUGAGUCGUUGGCCCUUCCUUGUGAUGGCUUUGCGGGCAGAGAUGGGAAGCACGCUUUUUCUGGGGAAGACUGUAAACCCACUGGGAUAAUCUCCCCUCGGACAUGCUGGACGACUCAGAGGGAACAGAACAGGAGAAACUAA